AUGAACCCUCAUUUGGCCGAAAUUGAACGGCUUUUAAUACCAAACUCGCAACAGUCAUCGUCACCCAGCGUCGAAUUCAUUCCACAACUAUAUUACGCCUUGCACCUGGUCAAAAAGGACCCCAACAGCAGUACCAAUUCGCUGGGGUCUGCCACGUCGUCUAUUCGCCACCGUUUGAAGCAGUGCAAGGCGCAUCUGGCGCAGAACGACGAGUGCCGCGAGCUUUUGAGCAAGACGCCGGCGGAGUGGGAGGCGACGCUCGAGCAGCGUCAAAAGGACCUGGAUGCUAAACGCGAGCUGUGUCGGCUACUGGGGCUUCAGAUCCAGCAGCUUUGA